AUGGGCGUUCGAGAUUUGCCGUGGGCGGCCCUCGCCGCGGCUUGGCUAUUCCUCCAAGUGCAGGUCCUGCACUCUCAAGAGGACCUUGUAUGCAAUUCGAGCGAUUCCAAAGCAGUGCUAGACUUGAUGAGCAACUUUGAGUCCCCAAUCGGAGGUUGGGAACUUAACGCCAACGUUAAUUGCUGCGACUGGCUGGGCGUGGUAUGCGACUCUUCGUCUUCUCUCGGCCUAAGCGAUGGUCCCUCCAGUUCGGGCAGGGUGGUGGAGUUGGUCCUGGCGAGCAAGAUGCUUGCGGGCAACCUCUCGGACUCGAUUGGCAAGUUAGACCAGCUGAGAUUCCUCAAUCUCUCUCACAAACUCCUCGAGAGCACACUCCCGGAAUCGCUCCUCCACCUCCCUAAUCUGCAGGUUCUCGAUCUCAGCUACAAUAAAUUCUCGGGACCGGUCCCCAAGAGCGCCAAUCUGCCCUCCCUCCGCGUUUUCAACAUUUCUAAGAAUUCUUUCAGUGGGUCUCUGCCCGUUUGGCUUUGCGCGAACUCGACCCUCAUUCAGGUGCUUAAUCUGGCCGCCAAUUAUUUCUCUGACGUAAUCCCGCCGGGACUUGGCAAUUGUGGCUCCUUGCAGAACCUUUCUCUGGCCAAGAAUAAUCUCACAGGUGGGAUCAGUGAAGAUAUCUUCACUCUGGGUCAGUUGGUCCAAUUGAACGUUCAGGAAAACUCAUUUUCAGGGCCGCUUGGCAGCGGGAUCGGUAAUCUGACAGAACUAAUUCGGCUGGACAUUUCAGCAAACGAAUUCUCGGGAUCAAUCCCAGAUGCGUUUCAGAACAUGAAGAAGCUGCAGUUCUUCAUAGCUCAGACCAAUGGCUUCGCAGGCUCCAUCCCAUCUUCCUUGUCCAAUUUGCCAUCACUUAAGUUUCUCAAUUUGAAUAACAACUCGCUGACCGGGACGAUAGUUCUUAAUUGUUCGGCAAUGAGCAGUCUGGUGUCUCUGGAUUUAGGUUCCAACAAUUUCAGGGGUCCUUUCCCCAAGGAUUUGCCCAAUUGCCAGAAGCUGCAGAGUGUGAACCUUGCACGGAACAAGUUCACAACCCCGAUACCUCAAAGUUCCAGGAACUUCUCCAGCCUUGCUUACCUGUCGAUAUCGAAUUCGAGCCUAUCGAACGUCUCAUCUGCACUCGGGAUCCUUCAGCACUGCAGCAAUUUGACAGUUUUGGUUCUCACUCUCAAUUACUUUGAUGAAGAAUUGCCUGCCGAUGCGAGUUUGAGUUUUCCAAAGCUUAAGGUUCUUAUCAUGGCGAAUAGUCGGCUGAGGGGUUCCAUGCCCCAGUGGCUGCGUGGAUGCACCCGUUUGCAGUUGCUGGAUUUGUCCUGGAACAGAUUGGGUGGAACGAUUCCGUCGUGGAUCGGUGACUUCCAAUCUCUCUUUUAUCUGGACUUACAAAUGAACUCGUUCGUGGGCGAGAUCCCAAAAGAGAUAACCGGAUUGCCUGCCCUCAUCCACAGGAAUAUGUCAGUCAUGGAACCUUCUCCUGAUUUUCCGUUCUUCUGGAAGAAGAAUAAGACCUCGGGGGUGCUGCGGUACCCCCAAUUUACAAGCUUUCCACCGACUGUGGAUCUCGGAGGCAACUCUCUCAACGGAUCAAUCUGGCCGGAGUUCGGGAAUUUAAAAGAUGUUCAUAUCUUUGUUCUCAGCAAUAACUUCUUAACAGGUUCAAUUCCAGACAAUUUAUCCGAAAUGUCUGACCUAGAGACUCUCAAUCUGUCUUACAACAAUCUGUCGGGGAGUAUACCUUCCUCGUUAGCGCGUCUCAACUUUCUGUCUAGGUUUACCGUUGCAUAUAACAAUUUGUCUGGGCCGGUUCCUCGCGGGGGCCAAUUCUCUACCUUUCCCAAUUCGAGUUUUGAAGGAAACAACCUGUGUCGUGAUCAUGCUCCCCCCUGCCCAACAAGCCAAAGUCAACCCGGCCUUACAAAUCAUGGUGAUGAUAAUUCUGGAUCUGUCGAUCAUGCCAUGAGCGAUAUAAACCUUGGAAUGACCAUUGGACUUGCAUUCGGAAUGGCCAUUGGAAUUGCAUUGGGAACAACUAGGACCGGUGAUUCGUGUUUACAUGUGAUAAUCAGAUUUUGUGAUCGUGUUAAAUUGUGUCGUUAAAAAAUUUGAGAAAAAAAAUGAUUAUUUACUCAUUUAUUGGAAUUUUUUUUUGAUAAAUUCCUAAAUAUUGCUGGUAAUUUGCGGUCCAGUUCUCUUCAAAAUAACCAAAUUUAGAUUAGUUUUCAAUUUUGGUCAAAACGGCUUUUUAUCUUAUAAAAAUCAACUUUCGGUCCCGCCCAUAUAAGUUCCCAUUGAUUUUUCGUCCAAUGAGAAAGGUCUAACGUGUCAACUUUUCAUGUACAUACCUCGACGUCACUCGCUGACGGCGAAUUUGAGGCAGUGAAACGCCACCGUUCCGGUGUGCGCUUCGCUGUGCUCGGCCGAAGCCCCACUCUCUUGGCCAGUUCCGUCCACGAAGAAGAUGCAUUUAGAAUGUUCGCCGCCUUCAAGAGCAACAGCAGACACUGCACAAAACAGCGCCUUUCUCCACAGGAAGCAAAGCUAAUUAUCGACUCCAGAAGAAGCCGGUCCUUCCAUGUCAGCUCUUCAUUGUCAGAGUCCGAAUCCAAGUCGGACACGGCUUGCGUCUUCACAUUUCUAGCCUCCAUAUGUUCGGCAGCCACCGAGAGGCAUAAAGCUUCAGGGCACCGCCGACCAGGUUCUUUUUGUGAACACUGUUAUAGUCAAGUCGUUGAUAUAAGAUAAGAUGCUAGAUCACCUUUAUGGUGUUCUAAUUUAGGCAGAGUAAAGGGUUGGUCGCUGAAUGAUUAAUUUUUUAUGCUGCUGUGAACUUUUCAUAUUUAUAUCGUCCAUAAAAUUUAGAUUUCUUUCUUUCAUAUUACGUUCUACCUUUUUCAUUGAUUACGUUUAGAGAGGAAUUGUAGCAAGA